CCAUCAAAAUACACCAACAUAACACUAAUAAAAAGUAAAAAAAAUAAAACACUUAUUUUCAUAAUGCCAAUACACAAUUCGCGAUUGGAAAAACAGGUUAAGUUUAGGGUUCUUCCGGAGCACAUAUCAGAAAAAGCUGUAAGUUUAACAACUUCUGUAAAAUCGCCCAGACGCCAACAGGAUAAUGUCAAGAGAGAAAAAAUCGCAAAGAAAAUUGAAAAGCAAACUGGUCUAACAUCUUGUUUGAUUGCCAGUUCGCCCGAUUUACGGAUCGGUGGAGGUGCCAAUGAUCCAGCCCCGCGUAAUGCUGGAAAAUUACCUCGCACUGACAGCGAGUGUCAGUUCAAGGCUCCGGGAUUCCGUUUUCUUACGGAAAGAGACACGUCUUUAAACAGCCAUGAGGUCAAAAUGAGUCCCCGCGUGGUCAUGAAGAAAGAAUUAAAACACAAAUGCGAUUUCUUUUCCAAAGUUGAGGACACGCGACCCUUUAAGAAUAAAGUCACCCAGACGCUUUACAGGGAAUCCUCUGCGCAGACUAUUAGUUAUUUGCCGGAAAUUUUAGAAACAAAGAACUUCAAAAAAUUGGAACUGUUUUCCCUGCCAUCUGUAUUGCCAGGAUCAAAUAAACCAGGGCUGCAUGAAGUCGAGGUCCUGGAGCGUGCCAGGAAGAGAUGGGCCUUCAGCGAUGCCCUGAAGGUAAACUUUAAAAGACUCCUUCUUGAGGCUAGAAAAGUUUCUAUAAAAACCGAGUUCAAAGAGAUUUUGGAAGCCUUCGAGUGGGAGCAGUGGAUCCAGCGGGAGGAGGACAUUCAGGAUUGCCAGAUGAUGCGUCUCCAGAUCGUGAUCAAAAUGUUUGACAAGCGGGAGAAGGAAAUGCACGCCGCCUCAAAGUCACGGAUAGAAAAAGCCUGCGAACGAAUCGAGGAGCGACGCCUAGCUGGUUUGCGAAAGAACGAGAUCGAAUACCAACGGGGAAUGCGUCGCCUGGAGAUCCAAGUCACGAAGACCCCGCGAAGGUGGGAAAAGCAAAAGCCCAUGCAUUCUUUGGGAUCUCCGUGCUCGGAAUUCUAUGCUCCGCUUUUAAGAUACGGCGUCGAUCCGGCACAUAGAAACUAUGUCUCAAAAACCGGACAAAAUGCUUUUGACAUGAGAAUCGAUGAACUGGAGAAGAAAGUCAACGUGAACCAAUUAAAAUGUCCGUUUAGAAAGCUCAAAGAUUGGUCUAAACCCAAAAAGUAUGACCAGGAGUAUGAGCGGAACUUCUGCAAAGAGGACAAUCUGCAAAAGCUCUUCGAAUGCUUGAAGGCCCUUAGAACUCAGGCCUCCAGGGAGAAAGAGGACCCUAAAUGUCUCAAGAAGCGUCGAAGAAGGGAACUAGGUAGAGUGGCAUCCCAACUGACACUUGCCUAUUUGACCGACCUCUACGAUGUAAGGUCCAAUUCCUCUAAAAAGAGUUUUGAAAAAGGAAUAUCUAUGAGUAAAUAUGCGGGUUUCCUUGAAGCAGAGGCGAAUCAAAAUUCAGAAAUUUUAAUGACAAGCUUGAAGAACGAUAGAAAGAGAGAGGGCAUGGAGAACUUGUUGAACAUAUACGAGGGCACCUACGUGGGAUGGGUGAUGCAGUUCCUAUCGGAGGAGAUGGCUCGCCUCUCGGAACUGCGUAGGCUUCACUUUUUCGCGAUUAUGGCCCAGAAGGAGCGAUGGCGUCGCGAGGCAGCCGAAGCUGGAUUGAGACAGAAGGAGAACGAUAUGAGGCUGAUGUACGAGGAGUUGUUCCAGAACUGCAAUGUGGUUAACAACGAAAUCUCCAACAAAUAUUUCGCACAGAUUUUGAGCUCAGAUAUGUACAAUGUGGCCGAUAGCUCAGCUGCGGAGACAGUAAGUGAAUUGGCGAAGCAAAUCGAUACGGAUAUAGAGCGAUGGCUUGAGAGCUUCAAGCUGAUUCAGAACCCCCUCACAUAUGUUCCUCUACGUCUGAUGCUGAACGAUAUGGUCUCCCCCGAUAUGGAUCAAGUACUCCAGCGGUAUGAAAACUCCCUGAUUGUGCAAUAUGUGUUGGAGGAUGUGAUCUUUCAAAAAGUGUGGACUGAACUAGAUCCAUUUGACAUAGGCACCACAUUAACAAGCGAUCUUAUCGAUCGCCUUAUCGACAACGAUCUAUAUCUCAUGUCCACGGACAGCGAAAGUGAAAUUCCUCAGAAGGCCUCCUGGUACGAGGCUAAUGCCAUAAUUAGAAAGCUUAUUCGACAGGCAGUUCCAGGGAGACGUUGGCUUGAAGAAAAUGAACGCAUUGUAACCGAAAACUAUAACGAUCUCUUUGACGAUAUAUUCGUACAAAUUUUACAGAAAAUGGAAAAUCCUCCACCUGUUGAAUCCUCCGAUUUAAUUGAUCUUCGAUUGACACCUUCUCAGGGUGACAUUCGUAGCACGGACAAUAUUCGCGAAAAAGAAAAUAUUCAUGCCGGAAAUAUCUCACUUAAGGGAUCUGACCUUAUGGGACAACAGACGUUGACCCUAAUUAAAAAAUUCAAGGACGACCACAUCACAGGUGCAUUAGUAAACGUCGAUAAGCCCCUUGGGAAUGAACCGCCAUCUGGUAGCGACCUGUUUAUAAACUCUGAAGUGAUUACUCCCAUUACCAACCUAACAAAGGAACCCAGUGAUUUGUUCAGUCUUAGAAGCACUUUGGAUCUUUCGCAAGUUUCAAAUUUAGAAUCCCUUAUAGGCAGAGGCUACAGGGUAAUGCUACCCAAUGAGGUAGAAAAAAAUGUUUCUGUUGAGAUAGAAAAACUUCUUGCAACAGAGAGCGAAGUAGAACAAAUCUUAGAGGCCACCAACGACAUUGAGGAACAUGAGGUCAUGAAUAAUAUGGAAAAAGAGGACAAGGACAUGUUGCUUGAUAUUAAUUCGCCGAAGGUCUCAUUUCAUGAAAUGCAAGUGCCAAUAAUCCCAGCAAAGGAAAUAAGCCCGGAAGCUUAUCACCCACCUACAUUCCUUGAUAAUAAAGAAGAAGAGAAACCCGUAGAAAAGGAACAAAUACCUUUGGAAAUAACUUCAUUAGAAUUGGAUCGCGAAACUAACACAACUCAGGACAAUUUGGAAACUGUGGACUUAACUUCCAAAGAAAUUAAAUCCGACGUUGACCCAAUUCCCAAGGAGCUCACACCCAUUUCCUCAGGUUCCAAGGAUAUAAAACCAACUGUCAUUGAAUUAGUACCACCUGAAGAAACGACGAUGGACGUAGUUCCAGACCCUGAAAUCAAACCCGAAGCCGAGCCAAAACCCAAAACCGAGUCAGAACCCUCAGGUUCCAAGGAUAUAAAACCAACUGCCAAGGAAUUAGUACCACCUGAAGGAAACAUGCCUGAUUCCAGUCAUGAAAAUGAUAUAAAAAAUUUGACCCCAACGGAUCCUGUGAUGGUCGAAGAAUCAGACUCCUUUAUUCCACCCGUUCGGUCUUCGGGGUUAAAAAAUUUACCCCCAACGGCAGCUUUAUUAAAAUCUGAUUCAACUAAAAUCAAGGGAAAAGCAGUACCUAUUAAAAAGGAUAAGCCCAAAACACAAGUACAGGAAAAUGAAGAUGAGGACCAAAUCGAGGAAAGAAGGCAUAAAGGCUCCUUGGGCUCCCACUUCAACCCCCUUCAAGCAGUGAUUCCCAUUCAAACAAGUGAUGACCAUUUGCCCGUCAAUGAUAAUAUGACAGCAAACCCAAGUAGUAUGUUGUUAGAUCCCGAAUAAUACAAUUAAUAAAUAUUAUAUAAGCAUUACAUGGCUAAAGUGAAA